AUGUCUGAGGAGAAGGAGGUCAAACCCGUUGUUGCUGAGAACGCUGAAGUUCCAGCCAAAGUUGAGAAGAAGAAGAGAAGAAGAAGAAACUACGAUGAUUACGAUGCCGAGGUGACUGAGUCUGAGAAGAAGAAGAGCAAACCUAGCGAAGCCAGUGGUAAAGCUGGUGCGGCUGCAGCUGGCGAUAGCGACUCUGAGAGUGACAUUGAUGACGCCAAGCUUGACAGACUGGAGAGCAACGAGGACGAAGAAGAGGACGACCUCGCGGAAAUCGACACAUCCAACAUCAUAACCACAGGCAGAAGAACGCGGGGCAAGAUCAUUGAUUACAAGAAAACUGCCAAAGAGCUUGAUGCGAGUGAGCAGAAAACUGAUUCUGCCGCUACCGAGGCUGCUCCGGGAGCCGCUGAUGAUGAGGAAGAUGACGACGCCGACUUCAAGGAAUGA